GUGCUAUAGACGCACAAAACGACCAAGAGCCACAAAUCAAGCACACAUAUCAAAAAACAAAUGAGCUCUUAUUUUGUAAACUCAUUUUGCGGUCGCUAUCCAAAUGGCCCGGACUACCCGUUACAUAAUUAUGGAGAUCACAGCUCGGUGAGCGAGCAAUACAGGGACUCCGGCAGCAUGCACUCCGGCAGGUACGGAUACGGCUACAAUGGCAUGGACCUCAGCGUCGGGCGUUCUGCUUCCACCCACUUUGGUGCCAGUGAGAGACCCCGCAGUUACCCGGCCAACACCACCUCUGCCUCGACAGAGCCCAGGUACAACCAGCCCGCGACGGCUUCCCACUCGCCUCCCCCCGACCCUCUGCCCUGCACCGCCGUGGCCGGUUCGCCUGUCACCAGCGAGAGUCAUCACGGGGUGAAAAACUCCCUCGCCAACUCCACCAGCACUUCGUCCAAUUCCAGCAGCAACACGCACAUCAGCAGGGACGGGGUUGGCACCUCGUCCGGGACUGAGGAAGACACUCCAGCAAGCAGCGAGCAGGCAAGUGCCCCGACCGACCAAAGCACAGCCCAGCCUUCACAGCCCCAGAUCUACCCCUGGAUGCGAAAACUGCACAUAAGUCAUGACAACAUAGGGGGACCAGAAGGGAAAAGGGCUCGGACUGCUUACACCCGCUAUCAGACCUUGGAGCUGGAAAAGGAAUUUCACUUCAAUAGAUACCUGACCCGCAGAAGAAGGAUUGAAAUAGCACAUGCUCUUUGCCUCUCAGAGAGACAAAUAAAGAUCUGGUUCCAAAACAGGAGAAUGAAAUGGAAAAAGGAUAAUAAGCUGAAAAGUAUGAGCAUGGCAGCUGCAGGAGGGGCAUUCCGUCCCUGAGCGUUUGAUCAAUUAAAAGUACUGAGCAGUAUUAGCUGACCCUGCGUCUCAUGUCAGUACUAAGUUGACUUUCUAAAACUUCCUUGUGUUACUUCUGUGAAGAAACCCUGUUCUUGUCGCCCUUAUUCAUCUUUUAAUCAUGAGCCUGUUUAUUACCAUUCUCUCGCGUGUAUAAGUAGAUCUGCUUUUAUCGUACAUUUCUUUGUCUUGAAUGGCUUUGUCUUGAAAAAUAAUAGAUGUUUUAACUUAUUUAUAUGAAGCGAGCUGUGUUACUUGAAGUAACUGUUAAAACAAAACUAAACUAAA